UCCGGGGUGAGAGGUGAGGCGGGGAGGUCCUUCCCUCUCUCCUCGCCCUUCCCCCACCGGCUGACAUGCCAACCCAGCAGUCGGCGGCGUAGCAGCUGCGCGGAAGUUUCCAGCUUCUGUUUAUUUUUCUGUUGGAUUCUUUCUGAAGCUCCAGAAUGGAGUUCGAGCUCAUGGAGAAUGAUAUUCUGGAAUCACUUGAAGACCUAGGUUACAAAGGCCCAUUGUUAGAAGAUGGAGCUCUGACACAAGCAGCUUCUGGUGGAGCCAGUUCCCCAGAAUAUACCAAACUUUGUGCCUGGCUGGUGUCAGAACUAAGGUUGUUUUGCAAGCUGGAGGAAAAUGUACAAGCAACUAACAGUCCAAAUGAAGCAGAAGAGUUCCAGCUUGAAAUGAGUGGGUUACUGAGUGAAAUGAACUGCCCGUAUACAAUACUAACUUCAGGAGACGUCACCAAGCGCCUUCUCAAUCAGAAAAACUGCCUCCUACUGCUUACAUACCUCAUCUCAGAAUUGGAAGCUGCCAGAAUGCUUUGUGUGAAUGCACUUCCGAAAAAAGCCCAGGAAGGUAGCGGCAGUGAAGUCUUUCAGGAACUAAAAGGCAUAUGCAUUGCUUUAGGCAUGUCCAAGCCUCCAGCCAACAUAACUAUGUUUCAAUUCUUUAGUGGAAUAGAAAAAAAGUUAAAAGAAACAUUAGCAAAAGUUCCUCCAAAUCAUGUAGGAAAGCCUUUACUAUCAAAACCACUUGGUCCAGUUCAUUGGGAAAAGAUUGAAGGUAUUAAUCAAGCCAUAGCCAAUGAGUACGAAGUUCGGAGGAAAUUAUUAGUGAAACGUCUAGAUGUAACUGUUCAAUCAUUUGGUUGGUCAGAUCGAGCAAAGAGUCAAACAGAGAAAUUGGCUAAAAUCUACCAGCCAAAACGUGCCAUGUUAUCUACUAAAUGUGCUAUAUCUGUUGCUCAUCUCUUGGCUGCUAGACAAGACUUGUCAAAGAUUAUGAGAACUAGCAGUGGGUCUAUCAGAGAAAAGACUGCAUGUGCCAUUAAUAAGGUGUUAAUGGGCCGAGUACCUGAUAGAGGAGGUAGACCUAAUGAAAUUGAGCCACCACCUCCUGAGAUGCCACCGUGGCAAAAAAGGCAAGAUGGUCCUCAGCAGCAAAGUAGAGGUGGAAGAGGUGGAUAUGAGUCAUCAUAUGGGGGCCGUGGCGGUUAUGAACACGGUGGUCAUGACAGAGGAGGUCGAGGAGGAUAUGACCAAGGAGGUUAUGACAGAGGAAGCCGUGGAGGAUAUGACUCAUCCUAUGGAGGCCGUGGAGGUCAUGAACAUGGGGGCCAUGAACGAGGCGGGCGAGGACGUGGUGGUUAUGACCAAGGAGGCAGGGGGGGAGGAAGAGGAGGCAAACCGCAAGGAGGCUGGACCGAUGGUGGUGGAAGCGGCUAUCAAGAGGUCAACUAUAGGGAAAAUAACUAUAGAGAUGCAGGCUAUCAAACUGGCGGUUACCAUGGUGGUGGUAGCACUGGCUACCAAGGAAGUGGCUAUGGUGGCUAUCAAUCUUCAUAUUCAGGAAGUGGCUAUCAAGGUGGUGGUGGUGGAAGCUACCAGCAAGACAACAGAUACCAAGAUGGGCAUUCCAGCGAACGAGGCGGUGGUCGAGGAGGGCGAGGUGGCCGUGGAGGUCGUGGCCGUGGCGGGCAAGGUGGUGGAUGGGGAGGAAGAGGUGCACAAAACUUUAACCAAGGAGGGCAAUUUGAGCAGCACUUCCAGCAUGGAGGAUAUCAGUACAAUCAAUCUGGAUUUGGACAAGGAAGACACUUUACAAGCUGAGGCUACAAAAUCUGCCAUUUUGAUAGAGCUCAUGUAAUAGAAGCCUGAUUAUCUCUUCCACCCCCACCCCCUUUUGAAUUAGUACCAUGUGGCAGACUGUUUUUGGAGGGUCAUUUUUGCUUUUGAGCAUGUGAAAACAUACAGAUUAGUCUGGGGCUGCGUGAAGGCCAGCUUUUCUUCUCCAGGACUUACAGAACUUUAAAGCAGCAAGUGCGAUUCUCUGUACUAAAGGACUCUGGGGAUUUAAAAUACAUGUUGGUUCACAUCUAUAAGAACUUGUCAUUUCUACAUUGACUCAUUAUUUCUUUUAAAAUCUUACGCAGACAAAGAUAGUCUCAAUAUUGCAUUUCAUUUAGAAUUUUUCUAAGUAACAAGCUGACUCCUGAUCUGUAUUGUCAAGCUGCAGAUAAGUUUCCAUAGACCCCUCUGACAUCAGUUGGAUUUAGACAUUUGUAACUGUGCAGAGAACUUUAGCCCAUUUCAGUAGCCCUGUGUCUAUUAUAUGAGCUCUAUUGCUGACACCUUAUUCAGUAGCCUUACGUCUCACACUAAUCAGAAACACUUUGACAUGUCUGAACCGGAGACUUCAACCAUUAUCAUACCAUGCAAAUGUCAUCUAUCAAACCAAGCUAAGUUAUAAAUGGAUAGUAUAUGUAGCCCUAUGCUUCAGCAUAAUUCAGACUCACUUUCAUCCAGGGUUUCUUCCCUGACCAACCUAACUUUUACUUGAAGUUAGCUAGCAGUAAUGGCAAUCUGAAAUUUCUUUUAUGCACGAGUUAAUACCACUGAUCAGAAAAGGCAGGAUGGUUUUUAUUUAGGCAUUUGACUCAAGACAAAAUGCCCUUCAGCUGGGUUGGUUACAUUUUUAUUUACUGGAAAGUCGCAUCAAUGCGCCUUGCUGGUGUUUGUGUGUGUGUGUGUGUGUGUGCGUGUGUGUACAGAAACAUUGUCAAGCUGUGAAAGAAAAUGGCUGAAGGUAUGCUGUUGUAUAAAAGAUGGGCAAUAAAAGCAUCUGUUCUCCUA